UCUGGUAUUUUGAAAUCCAGGUUUCUGAUUUUAUUAGGGUGAUUCCCCGAGUUUUGCUCCGGGCAAGCUUUUCUGCGCAUAACACUGUGACAUCCAGGAUGGCGGCCGUUCUUCCCGACCUCGAGGUGUGAAUAAGAGAUCGCUGCAAUGGCGGCCGUGAUAAGUGUAAAGGACAAUGAUAGUUUAUCUUCCUUGCUAACAGUGGAACUGAAGUCAGAUUUGCUGUUGAUAUUAUCAGAUGUACAGGGCAUUUACAGCAGCCCUCCCGACUUGCCUGACUCUCGCCUUCUAGACACAUUCAGGCCAGCGAACGUCAGUAAUAUUGAAUUUGGAGAAAAGUCACGUGUUGGCAGGGGAGGCAUGGAGUCUAAAGUGAAGGCUGCAACCCGGGCACUACAGAGCGCUACGAGUGUAGUUAUAGCCAAUGGUACCGGAAGUGAUUACGUCAUUCGUCAAGUUCUGGAUAGCCGAAAGGUUGGAGCAUUCUUUACUAUGGUCGACGAACCAGGGCCAUCUGUAGAGAAUCAGGCUGCGGCAGCUCGCAAAGGGGGAAGAGCUCUGCAAGCACUGACCGCUGACCAGCGGGCCAGAGUCAUUUACAAAUUAGCCAACCUUCUUAUCGAACACAAGGAUCAAAUUCUAGAUGCUAACUUUAAAGAUCUGGACUAUGCUCGGUUUGAGAGACGCUUAAGUGCCCUUAUGAUGGCCAGAUUACUUUUGACACCGCCGUCCAAACUUGAAAACCUUGCUCAGGGACUGAGACAGAUUGCGGAUUCCUCGCACAACAUCUUGGGUCGUGUGCUAAAACAAACCAAAAUCACCUAUGGUUUAGAGCUGGAACAAGAAACUGUUCCAAUUGGAGUGCUUCUUGUGAUUUUUGGAUCUUGCCCAGCUGCUCUAGAGCAGGUCGCCUCUUUAGCCACCAGCACAGGCAACGGUUUGCUUCUGAAUGGUGGUAAAGAAGCUUAUCACAGCAACAGAUGUCUUCACAGUCUUGUUGCAGAGGCUUUUUAGAUGUACGUCCCCCCUGAAGCGGUUAGUUUGGUCAGUACUCGAGAAGAGGUAAAUCACCUUAAUCAGUUGGAUAAUUAUCUAGAUUUGAUCAUUCCUCGAGGCUCCAGUGAGAUGAUUGAUUGGCUUCAAACUUGAUUUUUCGGCAUUGAUCAUCUCUAUUUUGGUUGCAGUAUACUCUAUUCUUCCUUUGUAGAAUUGGAUUCCAAAUGUGAGUACCGUGCAGCUUGGAAUGCUAUGGAGACUCUUUUAGUCCACAGGGAUCUUAUUAGGUCACCAUUUCUGGACAUGCUGAAAGCUCUCAGGGAAAAAGGAGUGAUAGUUCACGCCGGACCGAAGUUGGUCAACUUACCGCUGGCUCCGGCUCUGGCCAAGACUAUGAAGAAAGAAUACAGCGAGUUAGAGUGUACAGUGGAAGUAGUCAGGACUACAGAGGAAGCCAUUGAUCGCAUCCAUCAAUUUGGAAGCUCUCACGCUGAUUUCAUUAUCGCCGAUAAUGGGGACUGCUGAUCACUUUCUAAAAGCUGCGAAUAGUGCGUGUGUCUUCCACUAGAUUUUCCGAUGGGUAUCGCUUUGGCCUGGGUGCUAAAGUAGGUAUCAGCACGGGUCGUAUCCAUGC